AUGAAUAUCGUGAAAUUGAAUUCUCUAAACAAGUUUAGGGCCGUGAAAAGGCUUCUUUCUCAGUCGCCGAUUAGCGACGCCGGCUUGCAACGUCAGCUUUCUGUCCCGUUCUCCACCUCCGGUCGCCACAUCCGCCAUCCUCACGAUCCUAGCACCCGUUAUGAAAUUACACCACCUGUGAAUUGGGGAAUCCGAGUAGUGCCUGAGAAGAAGGCAUUUAUAAUUGAGAGAUUUGGGAAGUAUGCGAAGACGUUAACACCUGGAAUCCAUCUUCUAGUUCCAAUGGUCGAUAGAAUUGCUUACGUGCAUUCCCUGAAAGAAGAAGCUAUUCCUAUUCCUGAUCAAUCUGCUAUUACCAAGGACAAUGUCAGUAUUCAGAUUGAUGGUGUCUUAUACGUGAAGAUUAUGGACCCAAAGUUGGCUUCAUAUGGAGUUGAGGAUCCGUUGUAUGCUGUUAUUCAGCUCGCUCAGACAACUAUGCGAAGUGAACUUGGCAAAAUCACUCUUGACAAGACUUUCGAGGAAAGAGACACUCUCAAUGAGAAGAUAGUGAUUUCCAUCAAUGAAGCUGCAAAGGAUUGGGGCUUGAAAUGUCUUCGUUACGAAAUAAGGGAUAUAUCUCCUCCGCGUGGAGUGAGAGCAGCAAUGGAAAUGCAAGCUGAAGCAGAACGCAAAAGGAGAGCUCAAGUCCUGGAGUCUGAAGGAGAUAGGCAGGCAAACAUCAAUAUUGCAGAUGGAAAGAAGAGUUCGGUGAUCCUUCAGUCAGAAGCUGCAAAAUUGGACCAGGUUAAUCGUGCUCAAGGAGAAGCAGAAGCAAUUCUUGCUAAAGCUCAAGCUACUGCAAAAGGAAUUACCUUGGUGUCACAAGCCCUUAAAGAAAACGGAGGUGUGGAGGCAGCUAGUUUAAGAAUUGCUGAGCAAUAUCUUCAGGCGUUCAGUAUGAUUGCAAAGAAGAGCACAACUAUGUUGCUUCCUGCAAGUGCUUCCAAUCCUGCAAAUAUGAUGGCUCAAGCUCUCAGUAUAUACAAGAACUUAAUUGGCAACAGUUCUGGCAAUGGGCUUCCUGAUAUUCCCGGGGCUGAAUCAAUGGACAACAACACUCCAUCUGGAGAAUCUCGUGACGAGAAGCACACAAGCGUUGAAUCAGUUUUCUCACUGCAAAGCCCGAAGAAGGAUAAUUAG